UAUUGGAAUAAAAUAACUAAUCAUGUUAUAAUUACACAUGUGCUUGAUCCAAAAUACAAGACUGAACAUUUGAAGGCAAUAUUAAUUGAGGUCAGUGAAUACAGUGAAUUGGCUGCAGAACAAUUUGUUGAUAAUAUUUGA